CCGACCCCGAGCCCGCCUCUUUCGCUCUGUGGUUGGUGGCCGUUGGUGUCCGUCAAGGCGGCGGCCGCCUGCCAUUGGGCGACGGCGGGUUUCGCUCGCGGGGUCCCGGGGGAGCGGGCAUCGCGGCGCUGGUCGAGGCGGCGGGGCCCGGGCGUCCGAGUGCGCGGCCGCUGCGGCGAGCCCCGAUGGUCCCGGAUGAGAGGCCGGACGGCGGCCGGCUGCAGGCGGCCGGCAGCGCCGGCGAGGACUGUGGGUCCCCAAUUGAGACGCAGACCUGCAGGGCCCGGAUCCACCAGCAGAUGGAAAAGGAGCUGCAGCUGCGUGCAGGUGCCGAGAACCUGUACCGGGCCACCAGCAACAGCCGGGUCCGAGAGUCGGCGGCCCUCGAGCUCAGCCGCGUGAACUACAGCCUGCAGCUGCGGAAGGAGGAGCUGCAGGAGCUGAGCCGCAGCCCUGACGCCGCCUGGCCCAGCAGUCCUGGCAUCGCUGGCUCCAUGAUCCCGCUGGGCCUGAAGGAAACCAAGCAGCUGGACUGGGCCACACCCCUGCAGGAGCUGAUCUCGGGGCACUUCGGGGAGGAUGGUGCCUCGUACACAGUGGAGAUCCAGGAGCUGGAGCGCCUGCGACAGGCCUCACGGACCCCGAGCCGGGAUGAGGCGGGUCUGGAGCUGCUGGCCGCCUACUACCAGCAGCUGUGCCUCCUGGAUGCCCACUUCUGCACGCCCGCCCGGAGCCUGGGGCCCGUCUUCCACUGGAAAGGGCCAGUCUGUGUGGCGCUGGGACAGGCUAAGGACCAUGCCUGAUCCGCCCCUCCCUCUAGGUAUGACUCUCUUACGGGGCUCCCAGCCCAGCAGUGGGCACUGGCCUUCGAGAAGGGCAGUGUGCUCUUCAACAUGGGCGCCCUCCACACCCAGAUCGGGGCGGGCCAGGACCGCAGCUGCACCCGGGGUGCCCAACUGGCUCAUCAGGGCUUCCAGAAUGCUGCGGGGACCUUCAGCGUCCUGAGGGCCAACUUCUCCCAGGCACCCAGCCCGGACAUGAGCGCUGCCUGCCUGUGCACCCUGGAGGGGCUCAUGGCUGCCCAGGCCCAGGAGUGCGCCUUCGAGGGCCUCUUGCUGGCCAGCCCUGCAGCCCACCAUGACCAGUUGGCCCAGGAGGCCGCCCAGGUGGCUGCAGAAUACAGGCGCGUGCACGGAGCCUUGGCGCAGGCGCCCGCCGGCAGCUGCCUCCCCGCCUCCUGGACAGCACUUGUGCAGGUCAAGGCUGAGCACUUCAGGGCCCUGGCCCACUACCACGCGGCCCUCAGCCACUGUGCCCGUGAGUACCCUCCUGGCCCGUGCCGCCUGCCCAGGCCGGGCAUCGGCUCACAGUCCCUCUGUCCCCCAGCGGCCGCUCAGGGAGCUCCCCCGCCCCGCGCGCUGAUCCUGCCCACGGAGCCCGAGGAGCCCCAGCGGCUGGCCAAGGCCCACCUGCGGCGUGCCAUCCUGGGCCACGAGGAGGCGCUGCGGCUGCACAGGCUCGGCAGGCCCCGCGCCGUGGACCUGCUGCAAGCAGCCAUUACCCACGCCCUGCGCUCCCUGGCCCGCUACACGCAGCUGGACCGUGAGGACGACUUCUGUGAGGUCGCUGAGUCCCCCGACAUCCCGCCUAAGAUCCAGCAGAAGCCAGAGGUCAGGAUCCCCAGCCGCCAGGGUCAAGGUGACUGACACUUCUACCGCCUGGGACCCCUGUCGGUAUUCUCAGUCAAGAACCGAUGGCGGCUGGUGGGGCUCGUUCACCUGAGCCACGGAGAGGAGGGCUUCGGCCUCACGCUGCGGGGAGACUCGCCCGUCCUGGUCGCCGCUGUGGUUCCCAGUGGCCGGGCUGCGGCGGCCAACCUGAAGCAGGGCGACUGCAUUGUGGCCGUGAACGGGCAGCCCUGCAAGUGGUGGAUACACACGGAGGUGGCGGCGCGGCUGCGGGCUAUGGGCAAUGCCGGCGCCAGCCUGCAGGUGGUAACCCCACUGCCUGGCCCCGCGUCACUGGCCGCGGGGGACCAGCCACCGGCCCAGGCAAGGAUCCCAGAGGACCAAGGUGGAGAACCAACCCCUGCCCAGGCCAGCCCCCACCGCCGCCUUGGCUGGAACCGCCUGGCCAAGCGGGGCAAGAGAGCGCCUCCCCAGCCCCGCGCCCCACCCUAGAGCUCAGGACGCCCCCCCACGCCCUCGUAACCUCACAGCCCCCUCCCCAGGGGCCACCAAUAAAGAGGA